AUGUUCAUGACAGUGAAGUCCAUGAAGCACUGUGGCUCUUGGGAUGUCGUCACCACCAAGUUCUGUGUCAACUCGCCCACCUUCUCCAAGCGGGUGACCACGUUUCUAACUUGCAUUCUACCGUACCUCAAAUCAAAGUACAUCGACAACAUUGCCGCCAAGUGGACUAUGGAGCACCUCGCCGCGACAGGUCAGCGCUUUGCGAACUCCCCAGCCGCCCUCUACGCUGUCGACGCCACCUUUUAG